AUGGAGCGCCACCGAGUCGCCGAAUGGGCCUCAAUGUACGUCGAUUACGAAGCGCUGAAGACGUUCGUCACCGCGCUGAAGGAACUGAGGGACAAAGGGAAGGACGGCGCGACGACAGAGGACGACGACCUCGGUGGCGGCGGUGCGGGAUACUUGAGUGGACGAGAGUCGAUCGACGCCGAAGCUGUGUGGGCGCGAUACGCCAACGCGCCAAAGUUAUCAACGGAGCUGAACGAGCGCGGCAAAGCAAAUGCGGAACGCGUAGCACUCGAGGAGACAUGGGAAUCGCUCGGAAUGGAACUCGAUGACUUUUUGGAGGUGAAGAGCACGCUUGAGGACCAAGGGAAUGGGGUACCCAACGCAUUGAGGCAGUUCUAUGAACAACUUGACGUGCAAGUGAACAAGUGUAACAAAUUUUACGAGACACUGGUGGAGAUUCAGGCGAAACAUUUAGCGUCUGCUUUGCUGCGUAUUGAUGUCAUCUCGGCGGCACUGGAUGCCGAAACACCAACAACAAGCUCGAAAGAGUCUGAGGUCGCGACUAGUGAGGCGGCAGGUGUGUGCAAAAAUGCGCCGCACCCGACACCUCAAGUUCCACCGCUGAGGCGCCACGUUCGAUCUGGAAGUGCGACGACUGCCUCGGGCACCGACCUUCACGAGUUUUUCAAGCAGAACAACGUAAUUGAAGGUCACGAGAGAGCAAGCAAAGCAGCACAAGCGAUUCGUGACGACGCUCAAACUUUCUCUCCUGUCACAUUAACUACCUCUCGAGAGAAAGCUACUCGAGCCCUGUUGCACGAUAUCAAGGAAAUUUAUUACUCCGUGUGCAUGAUCCAGAAUUUUAGCACCCUCAAUGCAGUGGCCAUUCGGAAAAUCACGAAGAAGGUAGAUAAGGAGGCGUUUAUUAGAACGAGCGGGAUUUAUUGCACAGCGUGCGAUCAACUCGCGUUUUGGCCUGAUGUGAAGGAGUCGACAUUUCAGUGCAACACCAUGAUUAAAUUGUGUGAACGAGCUUUCCUGACCUGUCACCUCCUUCUUCGACGUAUCAAGGCUGUGACUGGAAUGACCGCAAGAAUAACAUCCAUGGCGUCAUCACAGCCGGAAAAAUCAGGUCGAACAGGUAUUACACGAAAGGAAAGAGAAGGGCUUCUUGAAACACUUCGCGAAACCGGUCGCCGCAUCAAGGAUGAUGGACUUAAAGCAAACAUCGAUCGAGAAAGUAACGGUAAUCCGUUGUUAUUUUUCCUGGGCGGUUUCUUCUGGGGCGUAGCCUUCCCAUCGCUGAUGAUUCCAUUAUGGUAUCUAGUCUUUACUUGCGGUCUGGAGUCCACGGAUGAGACAUGCCGAAAGGAAUUGGCGGCGUUCGUCACUCUUCGAGGAUUUCUCCUGAUUUUCGGGCAAUCGCUGCUCUGGGGACCUGCGGUUUAUGUGUGGCAGCGUACAAUGGUCCAUUGGGAGCUGAUAUUUUUUGGGAGCGUCGGGAAGACGGGUUUACGCGCCGAGCACGCCAUUCUUGCAACUGUGUUUCCCUGGCUGCUCUGUGUGUUGAUUUUGACUGCGAGCACGGUACUUUGGUCCUUGGGAAAAGAGAAUACGCUUUGGGUGACGCCGAUUAGUCUGAUUAUUUUUAUCACUUGUAUUAUUCCGGCGCCGGAGUCGUGGAAGUGGGCGAACGAUCCUCGCAUGAUAUUUAUCCAGCCGCCAAUGGCAACUCGUAGAUUCCUGCUCAGACACGUGAUUCGCGUCAUCUCCGCGCCAUGGCACUUCGUUCUGUUCCCAGAUUUCUUCGUAGCCGAUCAAUUGACGUCGCACUCUACGGCUAUCGCCGAUCUGACCGUUACUUUCGGUUUGGCGGGUGAUACAGCUUCUACACGCGCUAUCGCAGCAACGGUGCCGCUCUGGUUUCGCUUGGCACAGAGCUUCAGACGGGCGAGAGACGCCGUGGUGUGCAAGCGAGGCGGUAGACCCAGAGGGCAUCUCCUGAACGCGGGUAAGUAUGCAUUUUCUAUCCUAGCGCUAUGGCUGCGCUACUAUGCGGCUCACGUCAACGCGGAUGAUCAUUCAGUGAAAGAGUGGAUUGUGGCGUACUUCUUCACCGCCUUCAGCGUGUGCUAUUCGCUUUGCUGGGAUUACUUUUGCGAUUGGACCAUCGUCGCAUACAACCCGAAGAACUCUUGGCGCGUGGAGUUGCUACCUCGCCGUACACUUGUGAAGUCAAAUGCUGCAUGGGGGUGUGCUGUUGCUUUCAACACACUCGCGCGUUCCGCUGCCCUGUUUGCCGCAGUUCCUGGAUUACCGUUCGAUAAUCUAUCUACACAAGUGCUGGUGACCGCAUUGGCUGCAGUCGAGGUGCUGAGGCGAGCCGUUUGGAAUAUUUUCAGAGUAGAGAACGAGCAUUCAUCGAACUGCGGCGCUUUCCGUGCGAGUGGGGACUCCGCAUUUGAAGCUUUGGAAGAUCCAUUCGUGGCGCAUGUUGACGAACUCUCGAAGGAGCUCAGAUUUGUGCCGCGAAAAGGAUCGGACAAAGUUUGA